AUGACUGGCCAACGUCUCUGCUCGGGCGACAAGAGCGACGCUGAAUACGUCGAGGGUUACAGCGACGAAGAAGACCCUCAACCCGGCGAAGUCUGCAUGGGCAAGUUCAGUACCUCCAACGGUGCGAGAAUCUUCACCGAUGGCCUGGCCACCUGCGUUAGAGUCGCGGUGACCGGUCGGUACCCAAAUGGUAGAUUCAACGGGGACGAUCGAUUCCUCGCACAUGUUGCCGAAUCAAAGCACAAGGCUGCGCUCCAGGGCCUUAUCGAUGCCGUCGAACGUGCCAAAGGGAACGGCAUGCAGGUUGUUGAGGUCGUCGUGCUCAUCUUGGCUGGCGGCAGUACCGAUUCCGAACAGGAUAAAUUCAACGAUGAGGUCAUCGAACGAGUUCAGAACGCAGUCGGAAUGCAGCCGAAUGUUGUCGAGCAUACUGAAAACUACAAGAUGUCUGUUGAAGCCAACAAGCGUAUCAACUACGCCCCCGAGUAA